AUGGUCAACGAAGCGAAUGGCAAAGCAGCCCGCGAGAAGUUCACUCUCUGCGUAUUCUGCGGGGCUAGCGAAGGAGUGUCGUCGCAAUAUGCAGAACAGACAGAAGCACUCGCCGCGGCUAUGCAUACGGAGUCAUGGUCUCUCAUUUAUGGAGGUGGCACCCUGGGUCUAAUGGGAAUCCUGGCAAGGAGCCUGGCAACCCUCUCCGGCCCCGACGCAGUACAUGGCGUAAUCCCCGAGGCCCUGGUCAGGACUGAGCGGGGAAUCGUCAAGCCAGACACCGUCCAGUACGGCAAGACCACUCUCGUGCACAGCAUGCACGAGCGAAAAGCCUUGAUGGCCAGUGAGGCAAAUGCGUUUGUGGCGUUGCCGGGCGGCUACGGCACUGUGGAAGAAUUAUUCGAGGUGGUUACCUGGAACCAGCUGGGCAUCCACGAUCGCCCAGUUAUCUUGUUUAAUAUUGGUGGCUUCUUUGACCAGCUUCUCGCGUGGAUUGAGAAUUCUGUUUCACAAGGGUUCAUUUCAAAGGGCACAGCCGGCAUUAUCAGCGUUGCCAACACCCCAAAAGAAGUUGUUGGUAAGAUUCGCGAGUAUAAGUUGGCCGCGGGAAGGCAUCUGUUGGAUUGGAAAUCAAAGGAAACCAAGACAUUGGCAAUUUGA